UCCAGUGAAAAGCAUCUGCUGCAUAGCUUAUGAUACUCAGGGGAGCACUUUCACGUCUACCGCACAGAGAGCAUAAUAGCUUGCUAAAGAAAUCCAGAUGUGUUCCCUUUAUGUGGUGCCCCUUUGUUUCCCAUUAUGGACCUGACCCUUUUGUCAUGCAAACAUCAUCAGGUUUUGCGUGUGAGGCUGUGUGGAAAUCUGAGAGACUAUCAAUCACAUCUUUACAGCACAGUGGCGCCACCUGAUGAAAUAACAGUUACUUAUAGACAUGGCCUUCCCUUGAUAACACUUACUUUGCCAUCCAGAAAUGAGCGCUGUCAAUUUGUAGUCAAACCAAUGUUAUCAACAGUUGGUUCAUUUCUUCAGGACAUACGAAAUGAAGAUAAAGGUGUCAGAAAUGCAGCCAUCCUCACAGCAGACGGCAGUGAGAUUGCAACUUCAACCUUGAUGGAAAUUUUGCUAAUGAAUGAUUUUAAACUCGUCAUUAAUAAAGUAACAUAUUAUGUACAGUGCCCCAAGAAAGAAAAACUGAGUAGUGAGCACACUACUGAAAUGGAAAACAUGAAAUCCUUGGUGUACAGACUGUUUACAGCCUUGCAUUUGGAAGAGUUUCAGAAAAAGAGAGAACAGCACCUACUGGAGAAAAUUGACCACCUGAAGGGACAGCUGCAGUCCCUGGAACAGAUGAAAGCUGGAAUUGAAGCUCGCUCAGAAGCCAAAACCAGUGGACUCCUGUGGGCUGGAUUAGCGCUGCUGUCCAUUCAGGGCGGAGCAUUGGCUUGGCUCACUUGGUGGGUGUACUCCUGGGAUAUCAUGGAACCGGUUACAUACUUCAUCACAUUUGCAAAUUCCAUGGUCUUUUUUGCAUACUUUCUAGUCACUCGACAGGAUUAUACUUAUUCAGCUAUUAAGAGUCGGCAAUUUCUUCACUUCUUUCAUAAGAAAUCAAAGCAACAGCAUUUUGACGUGGUGCAAUACAACAAGUUAAAAGAAGAUCUUGCUGAGGCUAAAGAGUCCCUGAGCCAGUUACGCCGCUCUCUCUGUUUGCCAACACAAGUAGAAGACCUCAAUGAAAAGAAUUAAUCUUACACUUUUAAAUGUCAUUGAAUUUGUCCAUUGUGUGUUGAUUUUGCAACUUAGAAACUGGAACUUUUUGAGUCCCAUAGUUUAUUUGAAUUUGACUGUUUCAAUAUCUUUUGUUAAUAAAAAAAACAAAAUGCUUGCAAAA